AUGACUUUAAGCACCGUUAUUUGCAUUGGUAUGGCUGGGUCCGGUAAGACCACAUUUAUGCAAAGACUAAAUUCACAUUUACGUUCUAAGGAGCAACCACCUUAUGUGAUUAAUUUAGAUCCUGCUGUUUUGAAUGUUCCAUAUGGUGCCAAUAUUGAUAUCAGAGACUCUAUCAAGUACAAGAAGGUUAUGGAAAAUUACCAAUUAGGGCCUAACGGUGCCAUUGUGACUAGUUUGAAUCUUUUCAGUACAAAGAUCGAUCAAGUCAUUGGUUUGGUAGAAAAGAAACAAGAUGGUCAUACACAUUGUAUAAUAGAUACUCCAGGUCAAAUUGAAUGUUUCGUAUGGUCAGCCUCAGGUGCUAUCAUUACCGAAUCAUUUGCGUCAACUUUCCCUACUGUCAUUGCUUAUAUAGUUGAUACGCCAAGAAAUUCUUCGCCGACUACUUUCAUGAGUAAUAUGUUGUAUGCGUGUUCUAUCCUUUACAAGACUAAAUUACCAAUGAUUAUAGUGUUCAACAAGACUGAUGUUAAGAAAGAAGAUUUUGCCAAAGAGUGGAUGACCGAUUUUGAAGCAUUCCAAAGUGCCGUAAGAGAGGAUCAAGAAUUGAAUGGUGAUCUCGGAAUGGGUUCUGGUUAUAUGAGUUCUUUGAUCAACUCUAUGUCUUUGAUGUUGGAAGAGUUUUAUUCCCAAUUGGAUAUGGUUGGUGUUUCCAGUUACACAGGUGAUGGGUUCGAUCAAUUUUUAGAUGCAGUUGACGAUAAAGUAAAAGAAUAUGAUGAAUUUUAUAAAGCUGAAAGAGAUAGAAUCGUUAAGGAAAAAGAAGAGAAGGAACAAAAACGUAAAGAAAAAUCAUUAAAUGGGUUAAUGAAGGAUCUUGGUCUUAAUGAAGCCAAGAAAAAUGAUGGUCAUGAAAGUGACGAUAGUAUAGAGGUCAUUAGUGAUUUAGAAGAAGGUGAAAACGAUGGUAUACUCGAAAGAGAUGAAGAUGAAGGUGUUGAACGAGAAUACACAUUUGCUGGUGAUGAGAGAAUGACAGGUGAAGUUAACGAGGAUAAAACACCAGAUUUACAAAAAAGAUAUGCCGAAGCAUUGGCGGCCACCGCAAAGAGUCCAAGCAGUGAAACUGCAGAGAACAUAGCUCGUUACAUUAGGGAGUGA